ACACGCACCUUAAUUCAGAGGUAUCAUCAAAUCGGGAAAUGUAAAAGAUCUCGUGGGAGCGAAACUCUUGUAUCUUUUCGUCCAUCGAAGUGCAACGGUGAAUCCAUUUCCAUGAAAUCGUGAACGCACAUUGAAUCUCUCUUGCCGUUAUGUUUGACGACGUCGUUCCUUGCUUAUCCACUCAGUAACACUUCCAUUUCUUGUAUCGUCCCUACUCGACGAAAGAUCGUCCAUGAGCGCGUCCAACAAAUGGAGAGCAAUGCCACCGCACAACCACCAGCCUCUCUGCACGCGCACGCACCAGAUCGGAGCCCUCCUCCUCGUCACCACCACCUUCUUCUUCACGCGCCUCCUCUCUCCCUGCACCCUCUCCACCAGCGUCGUCCACUUGUCACACCCGCAAUUACAGUGGGGGCAGUCGCAGCUCUCUCUCAAGAUCUACGUCUACGAACCUGAAGAAAUCAACGGCUUGAAUAACCUCUUGCACGGACGAGACGGUAAGGUCACGGAAGAAGCUUGCCUUAAAGGCCAGUGGGGCACUCAGGUGAAAAUACACAAGUUUCUCCUGCAAUCGAAGCAACGGACGAGGAAGAAGGAGGAAGCGGAUCUGUUCUUUGUCCCAUCGUAUGUUAAAUGUGCUCGCAUGAUGGGUGGCCUUAACGACAAAGAAAUUAACCACACCUAUGUCCAAGUCAUAAGUCAAAUGCCGCAUUUUCGAUUAUCAGGGGGCCGCAACCAUAUUUUUGUUUUCCCCAGUGGAGCUGGUGCUCACUUGUUCAAAUCAUGGGCAACGUAUAUAAAUCGCUCUAUUAUUCUUACACCGGAGGGGGAUCGGACUGAUAAGAGAGAUACGAGUGCCUUUAAUACAUGGAAAGAUAUAAUCAUUCCAGGUAAUGUCGAUGAUGGUAUGACAAAAACUGGAGCUACCGUGGUCCAGCCUUUGCCUCUGCCUAAAAGGAAGUAUUUAGCUAAUUAUUUAGGACGUGCACAAGGAAAAGCUGGUCGGGUUAAGCUUAUAGAGCUUGCAAAGCAGUUUCCAGAGAAGGAAUGUGUUCCAGUUAUAUUAUCAGAUCAAACAGAAUUGCCAUUCCAGAAUGUCAUUGAUUACAGUCAGAUAUCAAUAAAAUGGCCUUCUAGUCGAAUAGGUCCUGAACUAUUGCAGUACCUGGAAUCUAUACCAGAUGAAGAAAUAGAAAGAAUAAUAGCUCGUGGUCGAGAAGUUAGGUGCUGGUGGGUGUAUGCUUCGGAUUCAGAACCUUGUUCGGCAAUGCGUGGAAUUAUGUGGGAAUUGCAGAGGAAAGUGAGGCAAUUUCACCACUCAGCUGAAACAUUUUGGUUGCAUAAUGGAUCAAUUGUAAACAGAAACUUGGUUCAAUUUUCCAAAUGGGAACUCCCUGUGCCUUUGCCUUGACAGCCUGGGAGAUAGAUGAUGCCCUGUACAAUUUUUUUUCUUAUACGUGUUAUUUGAAGGUCAUGUUAGGUGUUCUUGAUUGUCAUCAUCUGCUCGAACAAGAGUCCAGAGCGGGACUAUCUACUUUAUCUUGAAAUUUGGCAUUUUAUCCUUGAUGAGGUGCCGAAUCUGCUCAACCGUAACUCAUCUCAUUGGUGAGAAAAGGGAAUUGUAGUUUAUUUCAUAACUAAGUCACAAAAACUCCUAAUUUUA